ACUGAUGUACUUGUACAGUGGAUAGUGUACCGUUUGCAUGUGAAUGUGUACUCGCUCUUAAAUGGUAGUGAAUAUGAGGGAUUUAUCCCGCUUCUAAGUGAUUUUUGUGUUCAUGCUUGAAGUGUGAGUGAUUCAAUGGUGGUAAAAUGGAGGUUACAGAGACCGAGGAAAUAAACCUGACGCCACAGGAGCUGCAAGUUCUUUCAGAGCUUGACAGCCGUCAGUUUGGCUUUGUGAAAUUGAACGAGGCAGGGAACAGCCGGAAGCGUGCUCUCGUGCUGAAAGCUGUCCGCUACCUCGAGUCCCUGAUUAUCCAGGCUAACAACAACAAGAACAACAACAACAAUAACAACAACGAUGGCGUGGAGUCCGAUUCGAUCAGCCCCAAGAAGCCCCCGUCUUCGUCGCCUCCUUCCAUCAAGCAGGAGACGACGGACCUCUUCAGCCCCAAUACCACCUCCUCCACCACCCCCUCCAGCGUCCCCCCCUCUCAGACCACAACGGACAUUACUCUGUUGGAGGAGAGCUUCGGGGAUGUCGAGGACUGCAUCAACCCCAACAACGGCAAUAACAACAACAACAACAACAACAAUAAUAAUAAUGACAACGCCCCCUCCACGACGCACAACACGGCUGAUAACAGCCUUAGCAUCGAGCCCAAGACUUACUGUAAACUCGGGCAUCUUCAUCUACUCCUGGAGGAUUACCCCAAGGCCAUGUCGGCAUACCAGAAGUACUACAAUCUGCGCCCCAACGACUACUGGAAGGAUGCCACCUUCCUCUACGGGCAGGGACUCGUCUAUUUCCAUUUCAACGCCUUUCAGUGCCAGCUCGAUUCCUCCUCCUCCAUAACCUCUUGUUCUACCACCACCUCCUCCCUCGGGGUUGAUGAUGUUAACCGACCUAAGCAACUGCCGAUACCCGCCCUCAACAAGGCUGUGAAGGCAUUUCAGCAAGUUUUGUACAUUGAACCAGGGUUCAGCCGAGCCAAUGAAGUUCAUAUUCGUUUGGGUUUGAUGUUCAAAGUUCAGAGUGAUUAUGAAUCCUCACUGAAACACUUCCAAUCAGCACUAAUUGAUGCAGGGCCUGCAUCUUUUUCUAAACUUGAAAUUCAGUUUCAUAUUGCUCAUCUUUACGAACUUCAAAACAAGCAUAAAGCAGCACGGGAAGCCUAUGAAAACCUUCUGAAAGAGCAAGAUAUCCCCAAUCACUUGCGAGCUGACAUACAACGUCAGUUAGGAUGGAUGUACCAUACUGUUGAUAGCCUAGGGGAGAAGUCUAGCCGAGAAAUAACAGCAGUUCAGUUGUUACAGAAGUCUAUCGAAGCCGAUCCCAAGAGUGGCCAAAGUCUUUACUUGCUUGGUCGAUGCUAUUCUGCCCUUGGGAGAGUUCAUGAUGCCUUUAUUGCUUACAGAAAUUCUGUAGACAAGUGUGAGGGCAAUGCUGACACAUGGUGUUCUAUAGGAGUACUGUAUCAGCAACAAAACCAACCAAUUGAUGCUUUACAAGCAUAUAUAUGUGCUGUGCAAUACGAUAAAGGCCACACAGCAGCUUGGACAAACCUUGGUAUUUUAUAUGAGACUUGCAAUCAACCUCGUGAUGCUCUGGCAUGUUAUAUGAAUGCAACACGUGGAAGCAAUAAGCCUCUAAAUCCAAAUCUCGCGCCUAGAAUUAAAUUUUUACAGCAGCAACUUGCUAAUGCUCCCAUGCCCAGUGUGACUAACAAGCCUCGGCAGCUGCUGAGCAUUGAGGAGGCCUGGAACCUACCUGUAACUACAGACAUGUCCAAUCGGCAGCAGCAACAGCAGCAGGGCCAGCAAAUUUCUGGACAGCAGCGGCAGGUAGGAGCUGCCACUAAUAACUUCCAGAAAUAUGGACAGCAGUUUAAUUCGACUGUGUCAGCUGGACCGCCACCACCUUAUCCUGCAAAUGAUGCAAAGCGUUUUAAGACUGACAUGCCUGGUGACCAGCAGAGGUCUCACUUCUACCUCAAUCAACAGCAGCUGCAAGUCUUGUAUUACCAACAACAGAACCAAGGAAACCUGACACCACAACAGCUUCAACAGCUACAAAACUAUCGACUCAUGCAGCAGCAGCAGCAGCAGCAGCAGCAUCAGAUGAAGAUGCAACAGCAGCAGCAAAUACAACAUCAGCCACAGCCCCAGCAGCAACCUCAACACCCAGUGCAGGCUCCCCAGCUAUCACCUAAUUUUGUUCAAGGUAGUCAGAUAAAUCGGCCUGGAGCCCCAGGAAUUCCAAGUUUCAAUCAACAGGCCAACAAUGGAGUGAAUAGGGGCUUUCCCAACCAAAGGUCUCAGACUCCAACUAGUAAUUAUAACCAAACUAACCAGACAUACUCCCAACCUUCUUCAACUGGUGGUUUUGUUAACCAGAAUCAGUCCUAUACCAAUGGUGGCGUGCCAACAACUUCAGCUGGCUAUGGUUAUAACAAUGGUUAUAGUAGCAAUAAUAUAAACGAUUCUUUACCAAAAGAUCUUAGUGGCAUUACCCCAGAAACUACUGUAAGUGACCAGGUCCUUCAAGAACUGAUCAGUCAAAAAGAAUUCACAACAUCACUAGCUGAGGAUUUGUUGAAUCGCUUGGCACAAGGAGAGGAUGUAAUUGAUGAAUUAGCGAAAGCAGGGGAUGUUGGCCCUGAAGUAGCACUGCCAAACACCCAGUUCUCAACUACAACGGCAACAUCUCCCUCAACUACGUCCACAGCUACAACUGUCUCUGCCCCUGCCAGUCUACAGCCAGGGGUUCCGUAUAUCAAGCAAGAAGUGCCUGACCAUAAGUUGCCUAAUCGAACUACUUUGACCGAUACAAAACCAAACUUAAGUACUGCUAGAAUAAACUUUGACAAAGAAAUCAAAGUUGAACCAACGUCAGAACCCGUAUUUUCUUUGAGCACAACCUCUUCAGAAAUUGUCACAGCCUGCAAAGGACAGGGAUUUAGUGCACGGAAUACUAGUAUGAUCUCAGAUAAACAAAUCCCACCUUUUCCGCCAGAUCCACCAAAAAUUAAGCUUACUAAAGAGCAACUUUUGCCUAAUACACCCUCUGUGCUACUAGAUAAUAAAAAGCUAGCUUUCUCACCACAGCUCCAAGAAUUUUGUCUGCAACAUCCUAUAGCUGUAGUACGUGGUCUAGCUUCAGCACUGAAGUUAGAUUUAGGGUUGUUUUCUACAAAAACUUUAGUUGAAGCCAACCCAGAGCAACCUGUGGAGGUCCGCACUCAGAUGAAACAGGACGCAGAUGAAAAUAUUGAUCCCCAGACAGAAGUCAAGAUCUGGAAUUGUGUGAGUCAUCGUUCCCACACGACCAUUGCGAGAUAUGCACAGUAUCAGGCUUCAAGUUUCCAAGAAAGUCUAAAGGAAGAGCAAGACCGUAUAGCAGCUGGGCAACCGAAAACAGAUGAUAGCAAAAAGAAAAAGCCUUAUAAAAUGAUAAAAUUCGGAACUAAUGUGGAUUUAUCAGAUGAAAAGAAGUGGCGUGCACAAUUAACUGAACUCACAAAGCUUCCAGCAUUUGCCAGAGUUGUUUCUGCUGGGAAUAUGUUAUCUCAUGUGGGUCAUUCCAUCCUUGGCAUGAACACUGUGCAGCUAUAUAUGAAGGUUCCUGGCUCAAGAACACCUGGUCAUCAAGAAAAUAACAAUUUCUGCUCCAUUAACAUUAACAUAGGACCUGGCGAUUGUGAAUGGUUUGGUGUUCCUGAUGCUUACUGGGGAGUAAUUGCAAAUCUUUGUGAGAAGAAUGGAACAAAUUACUUGCAUGGUUCAUGGUGGCCAGACUUGCAAGAACUAUAUGAUGAAAAUGUUCCUGUUUAUCGGUUCCAUCAGAAGCCUGGAGAUAUGGUGUGGGUUAAUUCAGGUUGUGUCCAUUGGGUACAAGCUGUAGGUUGGUGCAAUAAUAUAGCUUGGAAUGUAGGGCCUUUGACAGCUAGACAGUACUCGUUGGGUUUGGAGCGAUAUGAGUGGAACAAGUUUCAGCAGUAUAAAUCAAUUGUACCUUUAGUCCAUUUAACCUGGAACCUUGCAAGAAAUAUUAAGGUUUCAGAUCCAAAGCUCUUUGAGGCAAUCAAGGGCUGCCUUAUUCGAUCACUUCGUCAAGUAUGUCUGUCUUUAGAUUUUGUGAAGUUGUGUGGAUUAGAGACUAAGUUCCAUGGCAGAACACGUAACGAAGCAUCACAUUACUGUGGAAUCUGUGAGAUUGAGGUGUUUAAUGUUCUUUUUGUUAAAGAACAAGAAAGACGACAUGUGGUGCACUGCAUUGAUUGUGCACGACGACAGGCACCUCGUCUUGAGGGGUUUGUAGUACUUGAAGAAUACCAUCUAAAUGAUCUCGGCCAAGUUUAUGACAACUUUGUUCAACAUUCGGUGCAAGGCCAAAACACACCAGGUCAAGCUGCAACUCCUCCUCCUCCACCACCACCACCUACCUCCACAACUCCAACACCCAUCACGUGACCCUCCUCAGUCCUAGUAACCACUCCACUCUGUUCGUUUUGAAUGGGAUGGUUUCUAGUUGAAAGAUCUCUGUAAUUUUCAUUUGUGUACAUAGAAAGGACCUUAACAGGACCACUGUGAGUAACGAGCACCAUUUGUGUUAUCAAAUGGGCACUUAAAGACUCGCUAAUUAAUGUUAAGUUAAUGAUAAGAAUCUACGUCGUCACUGCCAGUGCACCUUCCAGAGGCCUUUUCUAUUGUUGACUGAUGAAGUCACUGUGGCCGUAUUUUUCACAACUUUUUAUUGGAAGUUACAUUUUGCAGUGGGAAAACAGGGCAUUAUAUUCAAUGCUAAUGUGACAGUAUAGUGAUCUUUUAUAUAUGUAUAUAGUCUAUACAUAGAAAGUCAAAAGGCACUGAAAAAAAAAAAUGCUUCAGUUGCUACUACUGUGAAGCAUAAUUUGAUCUCAUAAAACUCAAGGACACAGGGGAAGAGCAACACUAUGUGAAAGGGAUAUAUAUGGAUGUGUUAAUUGUAUUGUGAUGCAGUAUGAUGGUUUGUAAAUUGUGCCAGGACUAUAAUAGCUGUUGCAAGACCUACCAUGUUGUUUCCUUAAAUUGUAGUGGUUGCCAAGAAUGUUAACAGCCAGUGCUGCUGAAGUAGCUGUAGUUGGGGUAGCAACUGAUGAAUGUGGUUACCGGUACUACCCAGUCUUUUUAUUUAUUAUAGCCUUGCCUAAGUAUUCAUGUGUUUUUUCAGAGUUACUAGCCGAAUGGAAUUUGCUGUAGUUGUAGCUACAGGUGUGUAAAUGCAUAGUUUCCAAUCACUGCCACAAGAAGUGAGGGUUAUAUCUUUUGUGAUAAUUUCAACUGCCACAUAAUCUUUACCACUGAAAUCUCACUCUUGGAGCUUACCAAUUUAUUAAGAAGUUGUGGUCAGCAGUUCAUAUUCUAUUUAGUUGAGGUUUAGAUGUCUGAAUAUUUAUGCCACCAUUCUAUUCAAAUGUUAUUUUAUUUUCACUAUGUGGAGUCAGACAUUUGAAAAGGCUGAUGGCAUUUGCAAUGGGUUUGUAAUUUUGCCAUUCUCAUUGUUCAGGCUGUCACUCACACUCACGAACACCUGUAUCCUUCAUGCAUAUGCAGUAGGAAGGAUGUGGGUUGAUUAAAUUUUUUGCUAGUUGUCUGUUUUAUAUUUUACUAUUUGUUAAUUUUUAUUUUUUGUUGAUAAUGUUGAUUAUUCUGAAUUAUUCUGUUUUGUAAUUCAUAAAUUUGUUCAGCAUUUUGAAAUGUUAUUUUUCCUUUUACUGGCUCAUAUCAGGCAAAGUUGUGAACAGUAGCCCUUUUACACUACUGUUACGGAAUUCCUGGAGGAGCAUAAGGAAUGGCAAACAGAAUGCUCAAAAAUUGUACCUGAGAUGGGCGUGCCUCAUGAAUUUUAUAUGUUCCAUACUAAUGAUGUCUUAAAACACUGUUGAACGCAAGUCCUUACAAUGUCAUUGCUUUGCAUGUGGCAUUGGUACAUAAUGUGAGCUCUGAGAUGAGAGACAUCUUUUAACAAUAUCCACAUACCAAAAAGGCUGUGCUCCAAGGGCUGAUAGCUUGACAGGCACCUGAAGAUUGAUGGUUAGGAAGUUAGUCCCAAAGGCAUUACGUACCAUUACUUCUAUUUAUUGUUAUUGAAUAUUAAUUGCCUCAUUGAUGACCAACCAGGCAGAUAUUGAUGAUGCUGCUGCUGCCACAUCCUCCAUCAGUCCUCAGGUGUUGUUUUGCGACUCCAGUUCCCAACUUCCCUCUCCACCCCUCCCUCCCUCCCUCCCCCAGUAUGGAUUCAUCCAGAUUCUUCUUGCUUGUAUAAUAGUGUUUUCAUGUGACACAAAUCUAGUUUGUCUUCAGUAUUACGUGUAAAUUGUACAUUUUCUUAUAAAUCACCUUUUUUUCUUUUUGUAAAUUAUAUUUCAGAUAAUUAUUCAUAUGUUUUGCUGUGAUUAUUUCCUCAAAUUUGCAUGCAGCAGAGUAACUAUUACUUCCAAAUCUUGAAUGAAUGGAUAAAUAUAAGCUUUUAUUUAUGUUAUUUAAUGCUACAUAUGGAGUUGUAUCUAUAUGUAAUGUAAUUACGAAACCCUCAUUAAGGCCUAAUUUGUGUGAAUGAAAUGUCCUUUUGCUCGAGAUGAGCAAUUACGUAAUUGUAUAAAUAGGGAAGGUUUUUCUUUGAUUUAAUCCUUGUUCUUUUUUUGUUCAUUGCAAAAAACGUAGUUUGAGGUGUGGGUGGAGUGGAACAUUAUUUUAGUAUGUAGGGGAGGGGGGCUGCAAAUAUAUAAAAGAUACUUUACAUUUUUGAUAGUUUGCAUUGCAAUUCAUAUCACCCUUUUUCAUUAAAAUUCAUAUCAGUCACAAUUGCAACAUAAUUGGUUGAUUUUGAGCAUUUCCGCUCACACCUGUUUCAGGGAUCUGUGUUGACCAUGUGUCCACUAUUGUACAGUAUAAGUAUGCUAAAAUAAAGCCUAACUCACUGGA